CCGGUAGUCAGCUCAAGUACCGUCGUCCGUCGCACCACCAACCAGCCUGGCGACGUGCGUGAACCUCCUGUGCGCGGCUCUGUGGCGCUGCGUCAUGACCUCCGAUCACCCACCGCCCACGCGCAAGCGCAACCAGCCUUCGGACCUUCAGCAGCAGCUUGAGCGUGAUGAGAUCAUCCAGCAAAAUGCUGCGCCAGUGCUCGGCGUGGCUCCCGUCAAGCGACGACGCUCGUCGGCAUCCUCAGCUGAAGAACAUUCGUCGUCUACAGUUGAAGAGAAAGAACAGCAAUCGGCCUGUGGAGAGAAGGAGGUAAAUCUGGACGGAGCUCCUGAGGGCAAACUGUUCCUUGUGACAGUCAAGACACGGAAGGAGCUGUUAGAGAGCGAGGAGGUGGCCGCUGAAUCUUUGAAACUGGACCAGCUGCUGCAGCUCAAGCAGCAGAGCGCAAAUACCAAAAAUGCUGCUACUGAUGACGAUGUCGACGUGGCUUGGGGCCAGGAGUUCAAGGCGCUGGACUCGCUCCGCCGCUUCGCCAAGUAUCACCAGGACGAGGCUCGACGUCAAUUAGACAAUGAAGUGCUAAAGACGUUGGUACUGCCGGCGGCGUCGAGUCUGCGCUCAGCUAUGGCUCGUAACGCGCUGCUGUGCGUGCAGGAUCUGAUCCUCGAACUCAAGGCAGAGACAGCCAACCAUUUGGACAUUAUUGUGCCUGUGCUACUGAACCGUGCAUGCUCCGAGAAGCAGUUUCUAAGAGACUUGGCCCGGGAGGUGCUGGACACGACGCUGCUAGCGGGAGCCAAUGAGAAAUUCUUGCUGCCACUGCUGGCCACAAGCACAACCGAGAAGAGCGCACAGGUCGUCAGUGUGGCUGGAUUGUACGUGACCAAGUGCAUCAUCCGGAUGGACCGCCAACGUUUACGCAAAUUUCUGCUGGAGGCUCGCGGCUCGUUUUUUGACGAAAUGGCAGCUUUCCUCAACUGCAAAGUUGUCGAGUGCAAGGCAGCCACACGACGGACGUGCCAACAUUCGCGCCGAGUCAUUGGGAACGAGGAGUUUGUGGCCUUGGUCAAGGAGUCGCUGAGCGGCAGUGCGCAGUUAGAUGUCCUGAAGGCUUCGGAGAUCCGCCAGGCAGCAAAAUCUGGUCACGCCAAGUCGAGCAUUCGCGAGCUUAUGAUGCAGAUGAAGAAGCAGCAGCAACAACAACAGAAAAAAGUGCAGAGCGGAGGGAAUGACAUUUCAGUUGUUGUGGUAGCUCCUCCAUCGUCUCGAUCGAAAGCGUCUUCGACCCAGGCACCUUUAUCGUUAUGA